GUGCGUGUCGAGCGACUCCACGAGUUUGUGUUAGCAUCAAGAAAGGAGCAAUCAAGAUGGACCCACAGGAGGUGACGAGGCAAAUUGCUUCUUUCACCGGGCUAGACAACGAGACGGUCUCCACGCAGCUUGUCCCCUACCUCAAUACGCUGAGCGACGCGCAGGCUGUACGGCAUCAUCUCGGGGAUCUCAUCGGCCCAGGCACAGCUCAGGCUAGCUUCACUCAGCGCUACGUGGAGGCGAGGUGGCCCCCAGCCAAGACGAUAACACCGAGGGAGGCGCCAACUGGAGCGUCGGUCAAGGCUGAUACGAAGCAGGCCACAAAGCCAUUCAACUCGGCAGCAUCACCUCAAGCAGGCCCCUCAAGUCCACGCCCGCCACCUUCAGCCCCUCCCACAGCAGCCCCGCCACCCUCCUCAACCUCACCCUUCGACCUAGUCCCAAACGAUGCGAUCAAGAAGCUCGACUCUGAUCUCGCAACCCUCACCGGUGACGCACCCAUCACAACCCGUCCCCGGGCAUGCUUCUGUCGCUCGCUUCGACACUCUCCCUCACAUCGUAUCCCCAUCUGCACCAGCUGCGGGCUAAUUCAAUGCAGCCUCAACUCACCCCCACCCCUUCACCCCGGAGCGACCUGCCCAUCGUGCCACACGCUACUCCUCGGUGACGAGGGCAAGCGCGCAGCUCUAGUGGCAGAGUUGAGUGACGAGCGGGUCAAGGCACAACAAGCGGAGCAGAGGAGGGUGGACCAGCUGAGGGCACAGAGAGCCGCCAGGGACAAAGCGAAACAGGCGGGACAGGCGGUGGAUGUUUUUCCUGAGUUGGGCGGGGGUGUAGACUCGAGGGGCAGACAGCAGAGGGACAAUGUCAAUGCUGCCCUGGGCAGGGGUGGAGCGAGGCAAAUUGAUGGGCUAGCAGGGACUGUUGCAGGCGGGAAUAGCCCCACACCGAGACAGGCUAGGGUGCUUACGAUUGGCAAGAAGGGCAAGGUGAUGUAUGGGAGCAAGCCCGCGAAGAAGAAAAAAGCCGAAGAGAAGCAGACGAAUGGCACCGAGACGGCAUCGACUUCCACAGCAGCUGCCCCAGUGGUGGAGGAGGAUGCAGCCCAGCAGGACGACGAUCUCGAAGACGAGAGGGAGCAAGAGGAGCUCCAAAGGCUCGGCUUUGUCAUCGAUCCGGAUGAUGAUUGUUUCCGCAGUGCAGGUGAGGACGAGGAGGAGCUCGAUCUGCCGGAGACGACAGCGAUAGAGCGACCCAGACAGCCAAAGGGACUCGAUGUGCGGUACGUGCCUGCGGAUGAGAGGCCGGCCAUACCUGGAACUGAGGAUGGCGUGGGGGAGAAUGGCAUUGACUUCGAUGGUGGGCAGGGCGCGCAGGCGAGCUCGAGCGCAACUACAUCAGCGACCAGAGUACCGGGGUCUGCGGCACCGCGAGCUCCAAAGAGAGGCGGGAGGCGGGGCAAAGGUCGCGGAGGAGGGGGAUCAUAGUCAUCGUCCACUCCAAAUGGCAAUCGUGUCACUCAAACAACCAUCCCGUCGCAUCCAUCAAUCUGUAAACCUGGCUGAAACGUGGACGUGUCG